ACUGCUGCAGGAGGGGCUGAGGUUAGGUGGCUGGAAUAGCUAAUAGGAACUCUUUACUGUAAACCUCCUUGGUCAAGACUCCAGAGAUCUUCAGAUUGAAGCGGGGUUUCUAAAAAAGCGAGAGGCCCAGAGGGAAAUGAAUUGUGAGGGCUGCGACAGGAAUUCCAGUCAUUGAUUGAACCUCACGGCAGCGCUCUCCGCUCAGGACUCCAGAAACCGAGAAAUGGGGGUCAAGGAAGAAUCACUUUUUUGAUAAAUACACUACAGCUGGCCGAUCUUCAGACUGCUGGACACGUCUCCAAGCCCGGGAGGGCAAGUGUAGGGCACCAGAGGCUCAGUGAAGUCGGGGCGGGAGCGGUGCCUCCUGGCCUGGCUCACAGCUGACAUAGAUAAGCGAGCUGAGAAUGAAGCGGAGAGCAUCAGACAGAGGAGCUGGGGAAACGUCGGCCAAGGCGAAGGCUCUUGGAAGUGGGAUUUCUGGAAAUAACGCAAAGAGAGCUGGACCAUUCAUCCUGGGUCCCCGUCUGGGCAACUCACCGGUGCCAAGCAUCGUCCAGUGUUUGGCAAGGAAAGAUGGCACAGAUGACUUCUACCAGCUAAAGAUCCUCACCCUUGAGGAGAGGGGCGACCAAGGGAUAGAAAGCCAGGAGGAAAGGCAAGGCAAGAUGCUGUUACACACUGAGUACUCCCUGCUCUCCCUCCUCCACACGCAGGAUGGCGUGGUUCACCACCACGGGCUCUUCCAGGACCGCACCUGUGAAAUUGUCGAAGAUGCAGAAUCCAACCGGAUGGUUAAGAAGAUGAAGAAGCGCAUCUGCCUCGUCCUCGACUGCCUCUGCGCUCACGACUUCAGCGACAAGACCGCUGACCUGAUCAACCUGCAGCACUACGUCAUCAAGGAGAAGAGGCUCAGCGAGCGCGAGACCGUGGUCAUCUUCUAUGACGUGGUGCGCGUGGUGGAGGCCCUGCACCAGAAAAACAUCGUGCACAGAGACCUGAAACUUGGAAACAUGGUGCUCAAUAAGAGGACGCAUCGGAUAACCAUCACCAACUUCUGCCUUGGGAAGCAUCUUGUGAGCGAGGGGGACCUGCUGAAGGACCAGAGGGGGAGCCCGGCCUACAUCAGUCCAGACGUGCUCAGCGGCCGGCCGUACCGGGGCAAGCCGAGCGACAUGUGGGCCCUGGGUGUGGUGCUCUUCACCAUGCUCUACGGCCAGUUCCCCUUCUACGACAGCAUCCCGCAGGAGCUCUUCCGCAAGAUCAAGGCUGCCGAGUACACCAUCCCCGAGGACGGGCGGGUCUCUGAGAAUACCGUGUGUCUCAUCCGGAAACUGCUGGUCCUCGACCCCCAGCAGCGCCUGGCUGCUGCCGAUGUCUUAGAGGCCCUCAGUGACAUCAUCGCAUCAUGGCAGUUGCUGUCAUCUCUGAGCGGGCCUUUGCAGGUGGUUCCUGACAUCGACGACCAAAUGAGCAAUGCAGACAGCUCCCAGGAGGCAAAGGUGACAGAGGAGUGCUCCCAGUACGAGUUUGAGAACUACAUGCGGCAGCAGCUGCUGCUGGCCGAGGAGAAGAGCUCCGUGCACGAGGCCCGCAGCUGGGUGCCCAAGCGGCAGUUCGGCAGCGUGCCGCCCGUGCGCAGGCUGGGCCACGACGCGCAGCCCAUGAACCCCCUGGACGCAGCCAUCCUGGCGCAGCGCUACCUGCGGAAAUAGCAGCACGGGCAGGGGCACCAGCACCACCCAGCGCCUCUCCUGGCCCCCAGCCGGUGGCCUGGCUGCUGGGCCAGCCCCGUCGUGCUGAACUCUCCCAGGCUGCAGUGGGGACGGGGCAGGGCCAACCCAGGGCACAUGGGGUCAGCAGAGGUACCACGAAGCUACCUUUUGGAAUGAUUGCUUGAUUGUUUGGUUUUUUAAUCUGAGAAGCCUAGAUAACUAAUCUGCUUUUAAUCAUGACGUUUUAAUCUACCUCUGUCUCUUUAACCAUGCUGUCUCUGGACUGAGUGAGAGGGAGGAAGAGGGAGCCCACCUGCCUAGGGGCCUGACCGCCACCGACCCCCCGAUCCCCGACCCCCAGGGCAGCUGUGCCCCACAGUCCACAUAAGCUGAAAGUGCAGCUCACUGCUGGCUCCCCACUCGGAGGCCUGCUCCCCACUGCCCUCCCAGGCCCCUCACAGUCUGUUUUUGCCCCUCCCCUUCUGACCCCAGGCCCCUCAGUCCAAGCUUUGGAAAACUGUCACCUCAUCUUAAGUGGAAUUCAAAUAUAUUUAUUUUUGUACUGAAACCAACUUCUCUGCCAUCUCUAGGUGGCUCGGCCCGCGGCCACUCCCUGUCCCCAGCCUGGCUGGACAGCAGGGAGUCUGCAGCCCCCCAGGUGGGCCCCCUCCUCACUCCCAGGCUCAGAAGCCCCUUCUUGCCAGCCCCCCCUCCACCUCCAGCCCAUCUGUCUCUCCUUGUUUCUGGUGAUGGGGAGGCCUUUCUAGACUCGGUUCUCUUUCUCCCAUCUCAGUUUCUCUGAGGUGCUGCAUUAGCCCUGGUUUCUCCUCCACCUCUCACCGUGGUACCGAGGUGAUGCCGACACAGAUGUGAAGGGUGCCUGGCGGGCGGCUGAGGAGGGUGCCCUGGGCCCACAUGCUUGCCCGCCUUCUCGCUCCCGUCAGCCCUCUGCGUUCAGAGAAUGGGGGACCCUUCUCCCCUCCUGCCCCUACCUUCUGAGAGGUGUGGUGUCCCUCCUAGCAGGCCACCGGGGUCCUUCCUGGGGGCUUUGGGGCCUGCAGAGAGAAUUACAGGGACUGGGGGUCCGGCCUGGCUUGAGAACAGCCCUGCUGCCCUUUUUUGAGCCGCGAUUUUGAAGUGGAUGCCCGUCUUGCCAGAAACGCUGUUCUCACCAGAGUGCCCUCCCCUCCCUGGACUCGGCCCUGCCCAGCGCCAAGCAGAGACCCUUCCUGGCCUGGCCCUCAGAGCGGCCAAGAGUUCCCCUCCAGGCAGCCCCUGGCCCUCAGGCCCUGCCUGCCUGCUCUUGUUCCCCAGUGGGGAGGUGACCGAGGCCUGCGUGACCUUGUUUCCCAGAGAAUGAGCUGCCCCUCCCCCAGAGCUGACUCACUGUGAGUGACUUGGGCAAGUUCCCAAACCUCCUUGUGCCUCAGUUUCCCCAUCUGGAAAAAAUGGGGCCACCUCUUGCCAGCAGUAGCAGGGCCGCCCAUGCCCCUUCCUCCCCGUGCCCCGUCCCAGCCCCUGGGCGCCCCGUGCCUCUGCCUCAGUGGGUCCGUGGGGGCCCACCUGAGCCCGGCACUUCCUCCCCUGAGCACCGGGCUCUGCCUCCCUCAGCCGUCCAGCUGCUGAGAGCCAGGGUCUUGUGCUGGGGGCCAGGAUGCCCGCUUUUCUAUAUUUAUUGAGAAAAGAAGUCUCCUACGGGAGUGGAAAUGCAGUCCGGCCCAGGGCUCCCAGCGCUGGGACUGUCCUCCCGUGAGGGCCUCACCUCAGCCCCUCGGCCGGCAGCCGGGCUGCCUCGCGCGGUCCUCCGCCUCCUCGUCAAGCAAUAUCCUCUGGGUCUGCAAGGCCUCUCGGACAGACUGGCCCCUUCCAAGGCCAACCCAUGUGUCUGAUGAAUUGCUGGCAGAGCGCAUGAGAGGAGGUUGGGUCUGCCCUCACUGGGUGUCACACGCUGAGAGAAGUCCUAUUGUAAAGAAACAAAAUGGAAAAAGUCACAAAAAAGUUUGUAUAAAGUCAUAUUUUUGUACUACAUGGGGACUCUUCCUGCAUGUCAGCAAUAAAACUUCCUGAUCUGGA